AUGUCAGUUAUCCCAAUCAAUUUAACAUCUUUUGGCUCUAACAAUUGGUGUUUGAAGUUUAAACCGUUGUACAACUAUGGUUUGUUAACUAGCUUGAGUAAUGGGGAAAUUAGCAUUUUAGAUUGGAAAACCAAUCAAAUCAAAGAUAAGAUUAAAAUUGGUGAAACAUCAAUAAAUGAUUUUGAAAUUGUAAACAAUAAUUACAAUGGUGGUUCAUUAAUGGUUACAGCAACAAAUGAAUCAGUAAAAAUAUAUGAUUUGAAAUCAAAUGAUUGUAUAAAAACAAUAACUAAUGAAAAAAAUUCGCCCUUUUUGUCCUUAGAUUCAUUACAUAAUAUGAUGGCAUGUGGGACUGAGUUAAGUGGUGUUGAUGCAGAAUUAUAUAUAUAUGAUAUUAGAAGUUGGGAUACUCCGAUAAGAUCUUUUGUUGACUCACAUCAUGAUGAUAUAACAGACAUUAAAUUUCAUCCAAACGAUUCUAAAGUUCUAAUGAGUGGCUCUACAGAUGGAUACACAAAUAUUUAUGAUUUGACUGAAACUGAAGAAGAAGAUUCAUUACACCAAGUUAUUAAUUAUUCAUCUAUUCAUUCAUGCGGUUGGUUAUCAUCGAGAAGAAUAUUUACUUUAUCACAUAUGGAAACAUUUGCAAUUCAUCAAUUAAAUGAUAAAUCUGAAGUAUUAAAGGAACCUAAGCCAAUAGAAUUUGGUGAUAUCAGAAACGAUUGGGGUUGUAAUUACGUUAUUGAUGUUUAUCCUGGCUAUAUUGCUACAGGUAAAACCGAAGAAAGCAAAGGUCAAUUGAAGAUUUCACCAUUUAAUAAUGAGAAAAUUGAUUUAGCUGAAGAUAAUAAUAUUAUAAUACCACAAGCACAUGGUGAUGAAGUAAUUAGAGAUGUAUUUAUUAAUCCAAAUGAUCCUAGUAAUAUGUACUCAUGUGGUGAAGAUGGUAAUGUUAAACUUUGGAAAAUUGAUACAACUACGAAAUCUUUGAAAAUACCUGAACAUUUUUUCGAUUAUUCUUUACGUUUAAAUGUUUUGGAUGAAAUUAAUGAGAAUGAUGAUGAUAUUGAAGUUGAUAUGGGUACAGAGAAUACCGAACCAGGAGUUUCAGAAGGAAAACACAAAAAAUCUCACAAGAAAGAAAAGAAGAGUAAGAAGAGUAAGAAGAAGAGUAGCAAGCAUUCAAAGAAAGCUCGUUUCAAGCCUUAUUAG